AUGAGACUCGCCCACCUUCACUUCCCCGACAUAACCUCCUUCACGCGUGUCGCAGCCCUCCAACAAACCCUCACAACCCGCCUCCUCGCCCACAAAAAGCUGGUCGCCGAUGCCGCAACAACAACACCGCCGCCCCCGGACCCAACAAUAAUCACUUUCACUCCAAACCCCGUAUACACGACUGGGCGUCGGGACCUGCCACCUUCAAACACCUCUCCCUCCUCCUCAAAGACCCUCUCUCUCCCUCCUGCUCUCGAACCAAUCCGAUCGUUGCUUACCCCACCGGAGUCGGGGUCAAAAUUACACAAUAAAAAUGGGCCGAUAGCAGAGUAUCACCCGACACUGCGCGGUGGACAAACAACGUACCAUGGCCCCGGGCAGAUGGUCGCAUAUACGAUUCUGGAUCUGCGACGGAUGGGAUUAAGUCCACGCUGCCAUAUCCGGUUACUAGAGAACAGUGUUGUGGAUGUGCUACGGUCGUACGGGCUUGAUGGGCUGAUCACGGAGGAUCCGGGGGUUUGGGUGCCGCGCCCUUCCUCUACUGGUAGCAAUGGCGAUGAGCUGCCCAGAAAGAUCACGGCUGUCGGCGUUCACUUAAGGCGGAAUAUCAGCAGCUACGGGAUUGGAUUCAAUGUGACGGAGGAGCCGAUGUGGUUUUUCCGGCAGAUCGUGGCGUGUGGACUUGAGGGGAGGGAGGCAACGAGCCUGGAAGGGCAGGGCAUUAAGGGCGUCUCCACCGAUGAGGUUGCGGGGCGGUUUGUUGAUGCGUUUGUGCGAAGGGUGAAUAACGAUUAUGCUCGUGGGCAGAUUGCGCUCGGGGAGAAGAUUGAGGAGGUUUAUAAGGUGAGCGAGCAGGAUAUAAUAUGCUAG